AUGGAGAAUGACUCCGAAAAGUCCCAACCCCCAAACGCAAACCUGCACCAGGUAUACAGUCAAGAGAAACGCGUAGCCGAUAGCCACGACACCCUCGUUGUCCCCCAGACCACACCUGCCCACGGAGAAACCAGCACAGAAACCCUCGCCCUCCCACAUCCCACACCCACAGCCGCACCAUCACCACCCAAAAGCGCAGCAUGGCGAUUAACAGACCAAGUCAUCCAAAACCGAGACCGCGACAGAGCAGCAGGAUACAAACCCCGCGAACUAGGUGUGACAUGGAAAGGGCUCUCAGUGGAGGUUCCAACGGCAGAUGCCUCCGUCAACGAGAACCUUUUCUCCCAGUUCAACCUCCCCCAGGUCGCAAAGGACUACUUCCGGAAGCCACCGAUGCGCUCAAUCCUAUCAGAUUCGCACGGCUGCGUCAAGCCGGGUGAAAUGUUACUUGUGCUGGGACGGCCUGGGUCUGGGUGUACGACGCUUCUAAAACUGCUUUCGAAUCGACGGAAGGGGUAUCGCACAAUCAAUGGGGAUGUCAAGUUUGGAACAAUGGACCACGCAGAAGCGGCCAAGUAUAGGGGACAGAUUGUCAUGAAUACGGAAGAGGAGCUCUUCUAUCCGAACCUCCAGGUCGGGGAUACCAUGGACUUUGCGACAAAGCUCAAGGUUCCGGCGCAUCUUCCUGAGGGCAGUGACUCGGUGAAUGGGUAUGUCAAGGAGACGAAGGACUUCCUCCUGGAGUCCAUGGGAAUCUCACAUACAGCACAUACCAAGGUUGGGAAUGAGUUUGUGCGUGGUGUUUCUGGCGGAGAGCGAAAACGUGUUUCGAUUAUCGAAUGUCUGGCGACAAGAGGCUCAGUGCUCUGUUGGGACAACAGUACGCGUGGCCUCGAUGCAAGUACCUCGCUGGAGUGGGCCAAAGCCCUACGAGCCAUGACAGAUGUGAACGGACUAUCCACGAUCGUGACACUAUACCAAGCAGGAAAUGGUAUCUACAAUCUCUUCGAUAAGGUUCUGGUUCUAGAUGAAGGAGAGCAGAUCUACUAUGGACCUGCAAGAGAGGCAAAGCCGUUCAUGGAAGAGCUAGGGUUUGUGUAUACCGAGGGUGGGAAUAUUGGUGACUUUUUAACUGGUGUCACGGUCCCUACUGAGCGAAAGAUAAAGCCAGGCUAUGAAAACAGAUUUCCCAGAAACGCAGACGAGAUCAAAGCCCAGUACGAGAAAUCACCAACCUACAGCCAGAUGAUCUCAGAGUACGACUACCCCCAGGACCCUUUAGCUCGCGAGCGAACAGAGGCAUUCAAAGAGUCUGUAGCAUGGGAACAGUCCAAACACCUUCCGAAGAAGAGCUCCAUGACGACCAGUUUCUGGUCUCAGCUGGUUGCAUGCACUGUCCGGCAAUAUCAGAUCCUCUGGGGCGAAAAGUCGACCUUCCUAAUCAAACAGGUCCUGUCGCUAGUCAUGGCGCUGAUCGCAGGCUCAUGCUUCUAUGACGCCCCAGCCGACUCCUCUGGGUUGUUUAUCAAGGGUGGUGGUGUCUUCUUUGCUAUUCUGUACAACAACAUUGUUGCAAUGUCUGAAGUGACCGAGUCGUUCAAGGGUCGACCUGUCCUGGUGAAGCACAAGUCGUUCGCCAUGUACCACCCGGCAGCAUUCUGUUUGGCUCAGAUUACUGCUGAUUUCCCUGUGCUUCUAUUCCAAUGCACGAUCUUCAGUGUGGUGAUCUACUGGAUGAUUGGGCUGAAGCAUACCGCUGCUGCCUUCUUUACCUUCUGGGCUAUUCUGUUUACAACAACCUUGUGCCUUACUGCCCUCUUCCGAUGCAUCGGCGCCGCCUUCAAAACGUUCGAAGCCGCAUCCAAGAUCUCCGGCACAGCCGUCAAGGGAAUCGUCAUGUACGCCGGCUACAUGAUCCCCAAGCCCGAUAUCAAAAACUGGUUCGUCGAACUAUACUACACCAACCCCUUUGCGUACGCCUUCCAAGCCGCCCUCUCCAACGAGUUCCACGACCAACAUAUCGCCUGCGUCGGCGAGAAUCUCAUACCCAGCGGCGCAGGAUACGAAGACGUGGGGGCAGGCCAUCAAGCCUGCGCCGGUGUUGGCGGUGCACUGCAAGGUGCCUCGUACGUUACUGGCGACCAAUACCUCGGAUCCCUGCAUUACAAGUUCACGCAGCUGUGGCGGAACUACGGCGUUGUUUGGGGCUGGUGGGGAUUCUUCGCGGGUCUGACCAUCGUCUUUACUUGUUUCUGGAAUGCCGGGGCAGGUAGUGGUGCGACGCUCCUAGUUCCCCGCGAGAAGCUCAAGCAACAUGCAAGACAUAAGGACGAGGAGGCACAACAGGAAAAGGCAGCCAGUGCGCGCGACGCACCCGGGGAUACCUCGCUCGAUGAAGGGAAUAUCUCCCGCAACUCGUCUAUCUUCACCUGGCAGAAUCUGACGUACACCGUGAACACCCCGACUGGUGAGCGUGUGCUUCUUGAUAAAGUGAAUGGGUAUGUCAGGCCUGGUAUGCUGGGUGCUCUGAUGGGCUCGUCGGGUGCAGGGAAAACAACCUUGCUUGAUGUGCUGGCCCAGCGCAAGACGGACGGGACGAUCAACGGCUCUAUUAUGGUUGAUGGACGGCCUCUGCCAGUUUCGUUCCAGCGGUCUGCAGGAUACUGUGAGCAGUUGGACGUGCAUGAGGAAUAUGCGACUGUGCGAGAGGCAUUGGAGUUUUCGGCUUUGCUUCGCCAGCCUAGGACGACUCCUAGGGAAGAGAAGUUAAAGUAUGUGGAUACUAUUAUCAACCUGCUUGAGCUCCACGAUCUGGCAGAUACUUUGAUCGGAGCAGUUGGGAGUGGGCUUAGUAUUGAACAACGGAAGCGUGUUACUAUUGGUGUUGAGCUUGUUGCUAAGCCCAGUAUCUUGAUCUUCUUGGACGAACCAACCUCUGGGCUUGAUGGCCAGUCUGCCUAUAAUACAGUUCGGUUCUUGAGGAAGCUUGCUGAUAUCGGACAAGCUGUUCUGGUCACUAUCCAUCAGCCCUCUGCCCAGCUCUUUGCCGAGUUCGACACUCUGCUCCUGCUGGCAAGGGGAGGUAAGACCGUGUACUUUGGAGAUAUCGGUGACAACGGAAACACAAUCAAGCAAUACUUCGGCAAAUAUGGAGCACACUGUCCCGCCGAAGCAAACCCAGCAGAAUUCAUGAUUGACGUCGUCACUGGCGCAAUCCCGGAGGUCAAGGACAACGACUGGCACCAUAUCUGGCUCGAGUCUCCGGAAAACGCCAACGUCACUAAAGAGCUGGAGCAUAUGAUCGCCGACGCUGCUUCCAAGCCACCAGGAACCCACGAUGACGGAUAUGAGUUCUCCAUGCCCCUAUGGGACCAGAUCAAGAUCGUCACCCACCGGAUGAAUGUGGCCCUAUACCGGAACACCAACUACGUCAACAACAAAUUCAGUCUGCACAUCAUAUCGGCCCUGCUAAAUGGCUUUUCAUUCUGGAGAGCCGGUCCAAAGACAGGAGUCAGUGACUUGAACCUGAAGAUGUUUUCCAUCUUCAAUUUCGUCUUCGUGGCACCCGGUGUGAUCAACCAGUUGCAACCGCUCUUCAUCCAGCGCCGAAACAUCUAUGAUACGCGGGAGAAGAAGUCCAAGAUGUACUCUUGGAUCAGUUUCGUCAUUGGCCUGAUUGUUAGCGAGUUUCCGUACCUUUGCGUCUGUGCGGUGCUUUACUUCCUCUGCUGGUACUACUGCGUCAAGCUUCCAUAUGAGUCCAACAGGGCCGGAUCGACCUUCUUCAUCAUGUUGGUUUACGAGUUCAUAUACACAGGAAUAGGCCAGACUAUUGCAGCAAUUGCGCCUAACGCAACGUUCGCAGCGCUGGUGAACCCAAUGGUCAUCUCCAUUCUGGUGCUUUUCUGCGGCGUCUUCGUCCCAUACACCCAGAUGAACGUUUUCUGGAAGUACUGGAUGUACUACCUGAACCCAUUCAACUACGUCGUUUCCGGAAUGUUGACAUUCGGUAUCUGGGACAACAACGUCAUCUGCAAUCCAGAUGAAUAUGCCCGCUUUGAUCCGCUGAAUGGUACCUGUGCCGAGUACCUGAAGGAUUAUGUGGCUGGUCCUGGCUGGGCGAUUAACAUUGCGAAUCCAGAUGCAACUUCCGAUUGCCGGGUUUGUCAGUUCCGGGAUGGAAGUGACUUUCUAACGACGCUGAAUAUCAACCAUUAUUACCAUGGCUGGAGAGAUGCGGGGAUUAGUGUCAUCUUUGCCAUUAGUGGGUAUGCCUUGGUGUUUGCGUUGAUGAAGCUGAGGACCAAGGCGUCGAAGAAGGCAGAGUAA